AUUACCCUUUUCCCCAUCCAGAGUUCGUUGGUUGAAGGCCAUCAAUAAAGUCAGGGUUCAGCUCCGGGAGGAGGAGUCACUGAGGCAGUGGUUUGUCCAUGUGUGGGAACAGCUGAUCAAGAGUGCCACUUCCCAGGGAUGUUGCCCAGAGGACACAUCAGUGGACAGGAUGAACCCUACAAAUCAGAGCUACUUUCGCCCAAGAGGGGAGACCUACAGAAGAAGAGAUCACAGAGCCCUAAAGUGGGGCAAAGCCUGCGCAGAAAGCUACAGACGUGCCUGCAGGGGCCAGAGGAUAACUCCAUUCAUGACUUGUCAUCAGACAACACUACCUGCACCAAAGCUGACCUAAACCCGUCUGGGGAAAGCAGCAGUUCGAAUUGCCAGGAUGGUAUUGGGGCUGUGAAGGAUGCUCUACCCGGGCUUAUUGAAAGGAUUAGAAAUGAAGAAGAGAAGGAGGAGAUGGAGAAUGAGGCGCCAGAAAGAGGGUCUAGUAACAUAGUGGAACAUAUCCUGAAAGAGCUUAAAGGCAUUAACAAGAUCCAGGAGGAAAUUUCUGACCUGAGACAGUAUCUAACAUCUGUGCGAGGCUCAGUGGAUGAAGUAUCUUGUUGUGUUGAUGCAGUGCUUAGUGAAAUAGGUGAGCUGUACUCUGGGGCUUCAGCUGCACCUCAUCCUAGUCCUGUUUCUCAAGUAUCCCGCAUCAGGCGAGGAAGUCUGGGUAGACAAAACGCCAUCACAUCUCUUCAAGGAAGCGACUCAAGUCCACUGUUAGAUAGCAAAGACUGUGGAAAAGAUUCAGGAUGUAUACCAUCUUCCAGAUCACCCCAAAAAUGGCAGGUUGAUAGAGUCACUCUUCAAUCAGACCAUGAAUCAGACCAAGAGAACUCAGAGCAGAGUUUAAACAUGCACAUCUUAGGCCCUAGAAAACAUGACCCCUGCUACCUGGAGCUUCAUUGUGGUCGUGACUACCAAAGCACCAGCUCUUUGUCAUCGUGUUACAGUUCCAACUGUCCAGAAGCAGGCUUUCUUUCUGGUGACACGGAAUAUGGCAGGUGGCUGUCUGUUGAUAUGCAGCAUAGUAUAAGUGGAGAAGGAGGUUGGAGUGAGGAGGACAUCUACUCUUGUGCAAACAGUCAAGAAGAGCUAGGGGAUUGCCCAGGUGUUUGGGACAGGUGUGCCACAGAGGAGACACAAAGCAGCACACCAGGUCAUUCUUCACAUAACAGCUCUGAGCAUCUCUCAUUGCUGUUUGGACACCAUUACAACUCUCCUUUGAGUUCUUCCAGUAUGGUUGACAGGAGGCCCCCAAGACUACAAACUGAGGAAGAAAACUUGGAGUGCGACUGUUCUGCAAACUGCCCAUACUCACGUAGUUCUGGUUACCACACCAUGGACGCUUGCGCAAAUGAACUUGAUAGCGGGCCCUCCAGGAGUCUGAGUUGUUCCACUGUGCUGUUGACAGACUGUGAUGAUGGUUACCUGGAGCCACAUUCGCUGUGCGAUGACUGUCCAUCGUCUGGUGACACUCUUGAUCUGAGCUCUGCAGACAGUUUGGACAGGGAGUGGACAGAUCACAGUGUCUCCAGGGAUGAAGCAGGAGACUCUUUGUCACAAGAGUCUUCUGAAAUAGAUCCUGAUAGUGCUAAGACCCCCAAUGUAGGUUUUGAUGUAACAACUUUUAGCAAGGCUGUGCUCACUUUCAGAUCAGCUUUGAAAGGGGCUUUGAAAAAGUUGGAUGGAUCCAACCCUGAAGGUUUGAAAGACAAUAGUGGGUCUGAGGCAUCUUCAUCCCCUGUCAGAAAAGCGAGUGAACCCAAGGACGAGCAGAGCAGUACAGACUAUACAGAGGGAGAAAUCAGUCUGAUAGAGAAUCACACCCAAUUUGGCACUCCGAAGGAGGAGAGUGAGGCUUCGGUCUAUGUGGAUUGUUGUGAAACACAUGAGAACCUGCCAUGCUCCAUUAAAGCAUCCCCCCAUGAAGCAAGCCAGUCUCCCUGCACCUCAACUGAGUAUCACUCUGUACAGAUUUCACAGGGCAAAGGAGAAUGUCCAACAGAUGGGGAACUGUCCAACCUUGACUUAACUCCAGACCAUUGUCCAGCAAGGCAGGGCGAGAAUCCACUGGACCCAGUUCUCAGUACAGACGAGGUGCUGUUAAGUCCAAUUAGGGAAAGCCAUGUUCCUGAUGAGGUAAAUCAAGAAAAGUCUAUCGACGCCAGUCACAGAGAGCGUAUUGCUAAUUUCCAGCGCAUUCUGAGGGAAAAGAGACAAACCCGACAUAGACUGUCCAAAUCUGCUCAGGGGUCCCAAGGGUCUCAUGGCUCUCGCGGGUCUCAGGGAUCCCAAUCUCAAGAUGAGUUUAUCCCAGAGUGUGGGAGAGAAGAUAAUCAGGUUCGAGAUGAAGAACCCAAUGCUAGACAGGCUUGGGUCAAACCAGGUGGUGGAUCUGGUCUGUAUGGAAUUGACAGCAUGCCAGAUUUGCGUAAAAAGAAGCCUAUCCCCUUGGUCAGCGAUGUGGCUAUGUCUCUCGUCCAAGCAAGGAAGGCAGGGAUCGCAUCUGCUAUGGCUGCACGGUCUUCAAUCAAGGAUGAGGAGCUUAAAAACCAUGUGUACAAGAAGACCCUGCAGGCUCUCAUCUACCCCAUAUCCUGCACUACACCGCAUAACUUUGAGGUGUGGACUGCCACUACGCCCACAUACUGCUAUGAGUGUGAGGGGCUGCUGUGGGGAAUAGCCCGCCAAGGCAUGCGUUGCACUGAGUGUGGGGUCAAGUGCCACGAGAAGUGCCAAGAGCUGCUGAAUGCUGACUGUCUACAGCGUGCUGCGGAGAAGAGCUCCAAGCAUGGAGCGGAAGACCGAACUCAGAAUAUUAUCAUGGCCAUGAAGGACAGGAUGAAGAUAAGGGAAAGAAACAAACCUGAAAUCUUUGAACUUAUCAGGGAAGUGUAUGUCAUCAGCAAAGCCAUCCAUGCGCAGCAGAUGAAGACCAUCAAGCAGAGUGUACUGGACGGCACCUCAAAGUGGUCAGCCAAGAUCACCAUCACAGUGGUUUGUGCCCAAGGACUUCAGGCAAAGGACAAAACAGGAUCCAGUGAUCCAUAUGUCACUGUUCAGGUGGGCAAGACCAAGAAGAGAACAAAGACAAUUUAUGGCAACCUCAAUCCUGUCUGGGAGGAGAAGUUCCACUUUGAGUGCCACAAUUCCUCAGACCGUAUUAAAGUGCGCGUGUGGGACGAGGACGAUGACAUCAAAUCAAGGGUGAAGCAGCGUCUGAAGAGGGAAUCUGAUGAUUUCCUGGGCCAGACAAUAAUUGAAGUUCGAACGCUGAGCGGAGAAAUGGACGUCUGGUACAACCUGGAGAAGAGGACAGACAAGUCGGCCGUGUCAGGUGCCAUUCGCCUCCAAAUCAACGUGGAGAUCAAAGGAGAGGAGAAAGUGGCUCCAUAUCAUGUGCAGUACAUGUGUUUGCAUGAGAACCUGUUCCACCACUCAACCGAUGUGAUUGGCCAAGGCGUGGUAAAAAUCCCAGAAGCUCAUGGAGACGAUGCGUGGAAAGUCUACUUUGACGAUGUGGCACAGGAAAUAGUCGAUGAGUUUGCCAUGCGUUAUGGGAUUGAGUCAAUCUACCAGGCCAUGACGCAUUUUGCCUGUCUGUCGUCCAAGUACAUGUGUCCCGGGGUUCCUGCAGUGAUGAGCACCCUGCUGGCCAAUAUCAAUGCCUUCUAUGCCCACACAACUGCCUCCACUAAUGUGUCCGCCUCUGACCGCUUUGCUGCCUCCAAUUUUGGGAAAGAACGCUUUGUCAAGCUUUUAGACCAGCUGCACAACUCCUUGCGCAUUGACCUCUCAACGUACAGGAACCACUUUCCUGCCAGCAGCAAGGAGCGCCUGCAGGAUUUGAAAUCCACCGUGGACCUUCUAACCAGCAUCACCUUCUUUAGGAUGAAGGUCCAGGAGUUGCAGUCUCCGCCCAGAGCCAGUCAGGUGGUGAGGGACUGUGUCAAGGCCUGCCUGAACUCUACUUACGACUACAUCUUCAAUAACUGCCAGGAGCUGUACAGCAGGCAGUACCAACCUGUCGAUGUGAACAAAGAGGAGCUCCCUUUGGAGGAGCAGGGGCCAAGCAUCAAGAACUUGGACUUUUGGCCCAAACUCAUCAUGCUCAUCGUCUCCAUCAUUGAAGAGGACAGGAACUCCUACACACCUGUGCUCAACCAAUUCCCUCAAGAACUAAAUGUAGGAAAGGUGUCGGCAGAGGUCAUGUGGACGCUGUUUGCUCAAGACAUGAAGUAUGCUAUGGAGGAGCAUGAAAAGCACAGACUGUGUAAGAGCACCGACUACAUGAACCUGCACUUCAAGGUCAAGUGGCUCCACAAUGAAUAUGUCAAGGAGCUGCCAAACUUUAAGGGUGUUGUUCCCGACUACCCAUCAUGGUUCCUACAAUUUGUGCUACAGUGGUUGGAUGAAAAUGAGGACGUGUCUAUGGAGUUUAUGCAUGGAGCUCUAGAGAGAGACAAAAAAGACGGAUUCCAGCAGACGUCUGAGCACGCUCUGUUCUCCUGCUCUGUGGUGGACAUCUUCACCCAGCUCAACCAGAGCUUUGAGAUAAUCAGGAAACUGGAAUGUCCUGACCCUAACGUCAUGGCUCAGUACAGUCGCCGCUUCUCCAAGACUAUUGCCAAAGUUCUUCUGCAGUACAGUGCCAUCCUGACCAAGAGUUUUCCUACUUACAUUGACAAGGAGAAGAUUCCGUGUGUCCUGUUGAAUAAUGUGCAGCAGUUGAGAAUUCAGCUGGAGAAGAUGUUUGAGUCGAUGGGUGCCAAACAGAUGGACACUGAGGCCAGUGACCUACUGAACGACCUGCAGGUGAAGCUGAACAACGUCCUGGAUGAGCUCAGCACUACAUUUGGGAACAGUUUCCAGACCCGGAUCAAUGAUUGUAUGCGACAGAUGGCGUCUCUGCUGUACCAGAUCAAAGGACAGCUCAAUGCCAGCAACAAAAACCAGGCGGAGGCCGACUCUGACAACAUGCUACGGCCACUCAUGGACUUUCUGGAUGGAAAGCUGACCCUGUUUGCCACCGUAUGCGAGAAAACUGUACUGAAGCGUGUGCUCAAGGAGCUGUGGAGGAUCGUAAUGAGCAGCCUGGAAAAGACUAUUGUCCUGCCACAGGGCAACGAUACCUUUGGUGCACAGAUUCUCUCAGCUGCAAAAGAACUGGGCCAGCUCUCUAAACUCAAGGAUCACAUGGCAGGGGAGGCUAAAAGCCUGUCUCCCAGGCAGUGCGCUGUCAUGGAUGUGGCACUGGACACUAUCAAGCAAUACUUCCAUGCGGGAGGCAACGGGCUGAAGAAGGCGUUCCUGGAGAAGAGUCCUGAGCUAUCCUCCCUACGCCACGCUCUGUCCCUCUACACUCAGACAACAGACACACUCAUCAAGACCUAUGUGACCACCCAGCAUGCACAAGUGCACAAUGGAAAGGGUAUUAGGUUAACUCCCAAUGAAAAAAUACAGACCAGCAAGGAUUCAGGCGUGGACAAGCCGAUAGGUGAGGUGAAUGUCCAGAUUGAGCUGCACACUCAACCUGGGAGUGGGGAACGGAAAGUUACCGUCAAAGUUGUGGGAGCGAAUGAUUUAAAAUGGCAGACGUCCGGCAUGUUCCGACCCUUCGUGGAGAUCAGCAUAAUCGGGCCUCACCUCAGCGACAAGAAACGCAAAUUCCAGACCAAAUCCAAGAAUAACAGCUGGUCUCCCAAGUUCAACGAGAGCUUCCAUUUUGUGCUGGGUAACCAGGAUGGCUUUGAGUGCUACGAGCUGCAGAUCUGCGUCAAAGACUACUGUUUUGGCCGCGCCGACAGAGUGGUCGGCUUGGCUGUGAUACAACUAAGAGACAUCACGGGGAAGGGCAACUGCUGGCUCCCGCUGGGCCAGCGCAUCCAUAUGGACGACACAGGCCUCACCGCCAUGCGAAUCCUCUCCCAGCGCUCCAACGACGACGUGGCCAAAGAGUUUGUGAGGCUGAAAUCAGAGACUCGUUCUGCCGAAGAGGGCAGAUGAGGAGAGCUUGAGAAGGAGGAUGGAAGGUCUACGAAUCCCCCAGUAAGAGACGGGGAGAUCAUGUGAAUUAUUUUCCGUAGAUGGCCUGGUGGACUCUUUUCUUAGACCUUUGACGUGUCUUAGCUGCCGUUGACUGUUUGGUGUCGCCUUGCCAAGCUCACUGACACCCUGUCACCUUCACACUUUGGAGAAACUCACUUUUACAUGUUGCUCAAACACUAAACUUAUUAACCGAGCCACUGUACAGUACAUAACCACAUAGCAGCCGGCUCACUCAAACGUUACACUCAUCAGCUGUUUCACUAGGCAAUGACCACUUGCUUAGUCACAUAACUUUUUUUUACCCCCCUCCUUACCAGUGCGCACGCCGCAGCCUCAAGGGAACAAAGAAAGCGAGGCCCCUUUGGAGGGCCAAACACGUUCCCACACCUCCCCAGUGUUGUUGUGCAAUAACCCCACCUAAACCCUUGAAACCGUGGCCAUGUGUUUGAUGCCUUACACUCUGCAAAAUGUGAAUAUGUGAAGUAAAAAACUUUUUGAAUGCCCUAUAGCUCCACUGUGAUAGUUUGAGUAAAUGUGAAUCUCAUAAAGGGAUCUUUUGUUUAAUGAAUGAAUGACUGAUAGCGAGGAGACAGUCCUAGUAUUUUACAAUUUAUUGGAUAGAGUGGAAGUGAAGCUGCUGAAAUAUCGUACUAGUUUCACAAGUUAAUCUCGUUUAGCUAGUGUUUCAAGACAAGGUACUUAAACUAAUAAACCUUGAUGGUUACCCCUUACUUUAAAGCAUUGUUCAGUUAAAUGUGCCUUGCCAUGUUAAGUUUCCAUUCCUGUUUCACCAGGAAAGACAACAGUGAUAUUAUCAGCAUAUAAUCUAAGUAGUAAAAUCAGCAACAGUAUGUUUUAAAUACAAAACCUCGUGGAAAAAGAGGCCAACAGCAUGGACAUUCACUCUGUACGUGAACAGGUGAACCCUGUAUUUAUAAGUAUUGGCGCCAAUAACAACUCGUGGCUCACGUGGCCUAGUGUAACCAUGAUGGUGCAGCCAUUUUAUUUAUUUUUUUAUACGUAUUUAUUUUUUAACUGUGCUUUUGAAAUCCCGUGAUUUAAAAUGUCGUUUACUGCUUUGAACAGACGUGUUUGCCAGAACAGCCAGUUUGAGAAUUUGCACAGUGGUUAGUCUGAAUGAGCUGCUGCUGCAGUGUUGUACACACAAAACCGCAGUUCAGCUGAAGAGCGCGUUCGCAAGAUGAGACACUCGCCCUCAGAAUAAAGUGACAAGUUCGUUUUUGUUGUGAAGUUAAAAGCAAAGCUGGCGCCUCGUGUCCCUGACGGACGAUAGUGAGAACGGUCUUUUAAGAAUUGUUCCAUUUUUGGUAAAGAAAUAUUACAUGUUGAACUUUCAGGUAAAAACUUUUUCUUCCAAAAAGGAUAUCUGAACAUUUGAACACGAGCUGCUCAGCUGCUGAGUUAGAAUUACUUAUAGUUUACAUGUAUCUUCCUUCUCUUUUUUCUUCUUCUCUUCCUAUGAGUGGCCUUAUUGUUUUUUUUUAUCCCUGUAUUUCUUUUGGCUCUCAGCAAUGAGGAAUUGGUCACUUUUUUCCCCAAAAUGAUGUCAAAUAUGUUUUCCAAGUGAUAUUCCUUACCAUUUUGUACUUUUUAUCUUUGAUAUUGCAAAUGUAACUAUAUCUAGACUGGGAUUUUCUUUGCAGUCUCUUUUAAUAUUUUGUGUUAUGUUCCUUUUGAUGUUUUGUAAAUGUUUCCCUUAACCAUUGUUAAUAGUUUGGAAUGACUAUUGUAAGAGAUGUUUCAGUGUUAUGGACUGGAGUCAUAUACAAUGAGAUGUGUGCCAGUGAAUUUGUUCAUAACUGAUGGAAGAAUAUUAAAAUGUUACUCUUCACGAAGGACGGAUGUUGCUAGAAUAUCAUGUGUGUGCACAUUUUUAAACCGAUCACAAAAUCACAUUCCUCUUUGUUACAGUACUUUAUCCGCUGUGAAUAAUGUGCGUUAUUGGUUUAUGAGGACAAAUGUUUCAUAGCCAUACUUUAAUAUACAUGUUCCUUGUGCCAAGUUACAAGUGUUGACUUGAUCUUUUUAUUUUAUUUCUAUAUAUUUUCUAAAUUUGUUAACCCUUGCAUUAUCACUAAAUCAUCGCAAUAGCUAACAAGUACAGUAUAUCAGUCACAGGAACUGUAUUUUUGUGGUGUCUUCUUUUUAUUCUCACUGCUCUGAAAUGUUAUCACCAUGUAAACAUUCCGAUUUAAUUCAUUUUGUAUAAAGUAUAUGAGAAGUA